AUGAGAAACCCCGUAGGAGCUUUACAAAUUAGAACCCUUGCCAUGCAGCUUUUUCCUUCUCGCUCAAAAUAUUUUUUAGAAGCUUAUUGGGAUGCAACAAAAGAUAAUUUUGGUUAUUUAUUGGUUGAUAUUCAUCCAAGCACUCCUGAAGUUCUAAGACUGAGAACACAUAUAUACCCAAAAGAGAAUGCAAUUAUUUAUCUUCCAAAAUGA